AUUUAUGUUCUAUGAUAUUUUAAUGGAGAUGAUUAGAAACUGAAAAUCGGGUUCUUCCCACCCUGUUUCUCCAGUUGUUUGUCGAGUCAGGGAUUAAUAUAAAAGAUCACUGUUGCCCAUAGGAUUCUAUCAGUUUGGUCAGUAGCACACCCAGGACAACACACUAGCAACCAGAAUGAAGACUUUUUUGAUUUCUCUGGCUAUUAUUGCCACCACAUCAGCAGCAGUUUACACACCAACCGAAGUUGUACGUCAAGUGCAGGAUAUUAAUGUUGAUGGAACAUACCAAUAUUCAUAUGAAACCGCAAGUGGAAUUGCUGCUCAGGAAUCUGGAGUUGGUGGUGAAGUAGCUGAAGGAAGUGCCCGAUGGGUAGCUCCUGAUGGUACCCCCGUAGAAUUCACAUACCGUGCCGAUGCGAAUGGAUAUGUUGCCACUGGUAGCCAUGUUCCAGAAACACCCGAAUACGUUUACCGUGCUAUCGAGUGGAUUCGUUCUCAUCCAGUCUAUGAGGACAAAUACAAGGUGCCAACAUACAAAUACUCCGACUCCGUAGCCCAUGUUCCAGUUGUUCCCGUCGUAACUGCCAAGCCCGUUGUUACACCCACAUUCAGCACUGUUACACCAUUUGUGCCCGUCGCCCCAGUCAACAAAGUCUACAAACCCGUGGAGUUCAAAUACAAAUCCCCAGUUUUCCCAACAGUUAAGCCCUCUGUUACCGUCUUCAAGCCCGUCACAUACACAGCACCCACUUUCUCAAGCAAAUUUAGCCAUGUUUAGUUUUUUUAAUUAAGACGAAUUGUUCAUGUAAUCUCCCCAAAUUCUGGUUGCAGUAAAUUCUUUUUUGUUCAUUUUAUAAUAAACAAUAAGAACGUUAAUAUAUGGAAGUUUUUUCAAUGAA